AGCUUGCGCGAGGUUGAGUUCAGUCAGAUGAGCGCGGGCAGCGAAGAGAGGGCACCGCAUCACACCGCACCAAACAGCACCGCACCGCUCACGCGCUCAGGGGAUUUUUUUAACACAGAAUGUGUGUCACUGCGUGUGUAUGUGUGUGAGACUUGUCCAAUGAUGUGUAUGCAUGCGCGUGCGUGCGUCUGUGCCGAAAGAGAGAGUGUGUGUGAAGAGCGCGAGCACUUAUUCCGUUCCUGACCCAGUCGCGCACACACGCACACCCGGACCGCAGGAGCGACGCUCUGACACACGGAGAUAACUCACACACACACACACACAUAUACACACAGACCCAGAUUUGAAUGAGCCACGGACACGGGACAGAGAGAGAACACGACAGGAAUCAGAGGAGAAAUCAUUCUUGGGAUGAGUUUCUCGCGCUAGAGCACUCCGGGAAUUUUACUGGAUUGAAUAAGGAGUGCUUGAGGAAGAUCCCACAGCGUGUAUACAGGAGUCCAAACUGGUGUUCUGGCAAUUUUACAGGUUUAAAAUUUUUGGGGAAUUAAUAGAAGAGCGCUCGCGCGGCUUUCUGUAUGAACUGUAACAGAUAAUAACUAUUUAUAACUCCUUAUAACUCCUCGGCACGCGACUUUUGGAUUACAGGAGCGUUUUAGAUUUGCCUUAUUUGAUUUUUUGUCCCGGUUUAUGGAGGUUUUCUCUCGGACUAAAGGUGCAGGACUGUAGGCUCGGCUCGGCUCGGCUGUUCACCCGCUGCUCUUCUCCGCGCUUCAUAAAUGGAUUAUUGGCUGAUUUUGUGCGGCUUUUUGCUGCGCGUGACUUUCGCUGUGGAAGAAACAUUAAUGGACACCAAAUGGGCCACAACAGAGCUGGCGUGGACCUCACAUCCCGAGACUGGGUGGGAGGAAGUGAGCGGCUAUGAUGAUGCCAUGAACCCAAUCAGGACGUACCAGGUGUGUAACGUCCGAGAGCUGAACCAGAACAACUGGCUGCGCAGCGACUUUAUACCGAGGAAGGAUGUGCUGCGAGUGUACGUGGAGCUGAAGUUCACUGUGCGGGACUGUAAUAGCAUUCCCAACAUUCCCGGCUCCUGCAAAGAGACUUUUAACCUCUUCUACUAUGAGUCUGACUCGGACUCGGCCACCUCCACCAGCCCGUUCUGGAUGGAGAACCCGUAUGUCAAAGUGGACACCAUUGCUCCGGACGAAAGCUUCUUCGCACUGGAGUCUGGACGCGUCAACACCAAGAUCCGCAGCUUUGGUCCACUCUCCAAGAACGGAUUCUAUUUGGCGUUCCAGGAUCUGGGAGCCUGCAUGUCACUCAUCUCCGUUCGGGUGUUCUAUAAAAAGUGUUCCACAACCAUUGCCAACUUCGCUGUGUUUCCUGAGACGGCAACUGGAGCCGAGGCCACGUCUCUGGUGAUUGCCCCAGGGACUUGCGUCCCCAACGCCGUGGAGCUGUCCGUCCCUUUGAAGCUCUACUGUAAUGGAGAUGGGGAGUGGAUGGUUCCUGUGGGUUCCUGCACUUGCAUGUCUGGAUUUGAACCCGCUACUAGAGAAACACAAUGCCAAGCAUGCAGUCCUGGUCUGUUUAAGUGGAAGCAGGGUGAAGGGCCAUGUACCCCAUGUCCUCCAAACAGUCGCUCGAUUUCUGCCGCUUCAUCCACCUGCAGCUGCAAGAACGGAUUCUACCGAGCUGACAGUGACACUCCUGACACCGCCUGCACUGCGGUGCCGUCUGCUCCGCGUAGCGUGAUCUCCAACGUGAAUGAGACGUCUCUGGUGUUGGAGUGGAGCGAGCCGAAGGACCUGGGUGGCCGUGAUGAUCUGCUCUACAACGUCAUCUGUAAGAAGUGUGUGACAGAGCAUGGAGCAUGCACACGCUGUGACGAUAACGUGGACGUGUCGCCGCGACACCUGGGCCUGACAGAGCGCCGUGUGGCCAUCAGGAACCUGCAGGCACACACACAGUACAGCUUUGAGAUCCAGGCAGUCAACGGAGUGUCCAAUAAGAGCCCACAUCCACCACAGUACACCUCCGUCAACAUCACCACCAACCAAGCUGCUCCAUCUGCAGUUCCCACAGUUCAUCUAAUGGGGGCUUCGGCGAGCACCAUGAGCCUCUCAUGGCUUCCACCAGAAAAACCAAAUGGAAUCAUUUUGGAUUAUGAAAUUAAAUAUCACGAGAAGGAUCAGGGAGAUGCAAUUGCACACACUAUGACGGCUCAGCGCAGCUCAGCACGGAUCGAGGGGCUGAAGGCUGCGACAGCAUAUGUACUACAGGUCCGAGCCAGGACGGUGGCUGGAUAUGGUCGCUAUAGCAACCCAACACAUUUUAGCACCAACCACCAAGUGGACCCAGAGAAGUCUCUGCAGGAACAGCUCCCACUGAUCGUGGGUUCUGCUACGGCUGGUCUGGUUUUCAUCAUCGCCGUGGUUGCCAUCGCCAUUGUCUGCCUCAAGAAACAGAGGAACGGCUCAGAGUCUGAGUACACAGAGAAACUACAGCAAUACAAAUCCCCAAUAGUGAGCUCAGGAGCGAAGGUGUACAUUGACCCCUUCACCUAUGAGGACCCGAACGAGGCGGUGCGCGAGUUCGCUAAAGAGAUCGACGUCUCCUGUGUGAAGAUCGAGGAAGUCAUCGGAGCAGGGGAGUUUGGUGAAGUGUGUAGGGGUCGUCUGAAGCUCCCUGGGCGAAGGGAGAUCAUUGUGGCCAUUAAGACACUGAAGGUGGGCUACACGGACCGGCAGAGGCGGGACUUCCUGAGUGAGGCGAGCAUCAUGGGACAGUUCGACCAUCCAAACAUCAUCCGGCUGGAGGGUGUGGUCACCAAGAGCCGGCCCGUCAUGAUCCUUACAGAGUUCAUGGAGAACGGAGCUCUUGACUCAUUUCUACGGUUGAAUGAUGGUCAGUUUACGGUGAUCCAGCUGGUCGGAAUGCUGCGUGGAAUAGCGAGUGGGAUGAAGUACCUGUGUGAUAUGAACUAUGUACACCGUGACCUUGCAGCCCGUAACAUCCUCGUCAACAGCAACCUGGUGUGUAAAGUAUCUGACUUUGGCCUGUCCCGAUUCCUGGAAGAUGACCCCAAUGACCCUACCUACACCAGCUCUCUGGGAGGGAAAAUUCCGAUUCGCUGGACAGCUCCGGAGGCGAUCGCAUACAGGAAGUUCACUUCAGCGAGCGAUGUGUGGAGCUACGGAAUCGUCAUGUGGGAAGUGAUGUCAUAUGGUGAGCGGCCAUACUGGGACAUGAGCAACCAGGAUGUCAUUAAUGCAGUGGAACAGGAUUAUCGCCUGCCCCCACCCAUGGACUGUCCUACGGCUCUGCACCAGUUAAUGCUGGACUGUUGGGUGAAAGAGAGGAAUCUCCGACCCAAAUUCUCCCAGAUCGUCAACACACUCGACAAAUUAAUCCGUAAUGCCGCCAGUCUCAAAGUGGUAGCCAACACACCGUGCGGAGCGUCUCAGCCUCUGCUGGACCGCAGUGUUCCUGAUUACUCCACCUUCACCACAGUGAGCGAUUGGCUGGAUGCCAUCAAAAUGAGCCGCUACAGAGAGAACUUCCUGAACGCCGGCUUCGCCUCCUUUGACCUUGUAGCCCAAAUGACAUCAGAGGAUCUGUUGAGGAUAGGUGUGACACUCGCCGGACACCAGAAGAAGAUCCUCAGCAGCAUUCAGGACAUGAGACUGCAGAUGAACCAAACGCUACCUGUGCAGGUGUGAGACAUGAAAAAAAGGGGGCGGGGAUGAAUCCAGAGCUUACCAGUGAGAGCGCAGAAACCCCUGGCUGCCUGACCAAUCAGAAAAAACCUAGCUCGCGGUGCCUCAUGACUGUCCCUGUGUCCGAAACCCUGCCCUACUCCCUAUUCCCCUGACACACCACGGUGCAUUAUGGGUAUUCUGCCUUCCUUCCUUUGGACACUCACCUCUCGCAGUGCAUUGUGGGAUUUCCCGAGUGCACAAGAUGACCUUCAUUCACUAUGCCCUCAGAACAGGACUGCAGAGUGGCUCACUCCCCCAAAUAGUGCCCUAUGUAGUGAAUAGGGUGUGAUUUCGGACGUACACUUUCUCUACUUUUACAAUUAUUUUAUAGUUUGUUUGUUUUUAUUUUUAACAAAACUCCAGUCUGCAUGUGUGAUUUGAAUUUGUUUUGCGAUACGGUCAGGUGGGACACGCCCCCUUGUUUUCUGAGCCGUGUCACUUCUUGCGAAAGAUGGAAGAGAUGAAUAAAUAUAUGGACUCCAUUCGCUCUGAACUCUGAAAGGACAAAACUGACGAGGAGAAAAUCCUUCCAUCCAUCUAGUGCUAGGAUAUGUUUUAUUAUGUGUGUGUGUGUGUGUGUGUGUGUGUAUUCAUCUUCAUAUUGAAGGUGCUUUAUCGGGGAGACGACACACGGCCCGGAGGCCACAGAACUUUUUUAGGAAUAAACCCUUCUACUCUUUAUUUUAUGUUCUAACAAAUACUCUCUCUCUCUCUUAGGUGCAUCUUUGUUUAGGAUCAUACCAAUUUAUUCACUAAAUUACCCAGAAUACAUUUCUGUAUGUAGAUCCUAAACUAAGAACACGAACUGAAACACUGAUUAGCCUUCUUCGUUGUUUUCUUUUUCAAAAUGGCCGUCACCUGCCGUCUCCGAGGCGUGGCCUUGUGUGUAACCCGUGUGUGUGAGAGCGCGUGUGUGUGUGAGAGUGUGUGUGUAUGAGUUAGUAACUGAAUAUGCACAUGAAUACUGUACAUUACUGCUUUAGCUCCACAGUUGGCGAAUAAAACCCGCAUGUGAUGAAAAGCAAUUAUAUUUCAAUCAGCUGUAACCCAUGGACAAUUAAUAAUGGCGUUUUUUUUUAAAGGAAAAAAAAAAGGAAUUGCAAUUUUUUUAUUAUAAAUAUGAAUAUAUGCAUAUGUGUUAUAAAUAUGAUCCAUGCAUAUGCAUUAUGGAUAUGAUGAUAUAUGCAUAUUAGAUUAUUAUAAUAUUCUACACUUCAUUUAGAGACUGAUAGAGAAGUUGGAUUUCGUUUCUGUUUCAUCUCUCACGGACUUUUUUCCACCUGUUUAAUCUGUUUUGACCUCAUGCUAUUUAUUUCCUUUAUUUCCGGAAUCAUCGGACACGCAGACAAGAGGACAGACCACCCCCCCCAAAAAAAAAAGUAAAAAAAAAAAAAAAAAAGGA